AUGUCCAAACGAUUUUCAGUACUGAACAAGCCUGUGGAGGCAGAGGAAACAUUCAAUCCAUAUGAUAAUGUCAAAAGAAAAUCCCAGAUUGAGAAGCAGAAGAAAGAAUUCAACCAACGAUACAACUCACCAAGAAUUAUAAUUAAAGAUGAUCCCGUGAUACCUAAUUACCCUCUCGUAGACGGCUUUAAGAAGCAUGCGAAUUAUAAUAUGAAAAUCGUGGUCGUGGGUGAUGGUGGUUGUGGAAAGACAUGCUUGCUUGUAUCAUACGUUCAACAAAAGUUUCCCGAGAUAUAUGUACCAACAGUAUUCGAAAAUUAUGUCGCUCAUAUCUCGACUCCCACUAAUAAGAUUAUAGAAUUGGCACUUUGGGAUACAGCGGGACAAGAAGAAUAUGACAGAUUAAGGCCAUUGUCGUAUCCAGACGUUGAUGUGUUGUUGAUUUGUUUUUCUUUGGAUAAUUUGACAUCUUUGCAAAAUGUCAAGGAUAACUGGUUUCCCGAAGUAUCGCAUUUUUGUCCUGGAAUCCCAAUAGUGUUAGUUGGAACCAAAGCAGAUUUGCCAACUUCCAUAGAUCCUGAUUUACCCAUUCAAUUGGCUACGGAAAUAAAUGCCGUAGGGUAUAUCCAGUGUUCAGCCAAGACGAUGUUUAACAUCAAAGCUGUAUUUAACUUUGCAUUGAAUCAUUUCCAGAAGCAGAUGGAGUAUCAUGAACAAGUAGAGAAAUCACAGAAGAACAGACUAUCGAAAGCCUUUGGCCACUCCAGAAGUCAAUCAGGAAACUCAUACAAAAAGCACCACUACAAAAACUCGUCAUUAGACUCAGCAAUGUUAUUGGAUGGACCUUUAACGGAAGAUAAUUUUACCGAAAACCCGUAUGGAAACUUUGGUAAUGAAAACAAAUAUAAUGAAGAUGAAUUUGCAUUUACCAGGACGCUGAAAAAGAAGAAGAGAAAGUGUAUUAUUUUGUAA